AUGGAUGUAGCCGGUGAGGGGUUCGUUCCCCAUUUGGAGAGCGCCCAAGGACACUCCACGACUGAGUUGGCCGAACCAUCGGCCCCGUCUGAGUCAUCAGCAACGUCGCCAUUACCACCGAACUCGUCGAUGAGCUUUGGUGACCAGGAAACGGUCACGGCGGCGCCUAACGAUGAGUUUGACUCGGUAAGAGCAGAGAACGUGGGCCCAGUUGACGUUAACGAAAACCAGAUGUCCGGAGAUGUCUCCCAAGAAGUGCUUCCCGCGGAACCCCAGCAGGCAAAGGAUGACGCAAACCCCUCGGUUAAAGUCUUACCUGAGGAAGCACUGAAUAGUGAAAAGGAAAACGAACGCUUGCAAGUAGAUCCGGAAGGCAAUGGCGUCCUCGAUUCUCGACUUGACGAUGCUGCUCAGACCGACAGCGAGGGGGAUCGGGAAGUGGACAGUCCUGCUUUAAUCGAAAUCGGAGACGACAAAGACCGUGACGGUGCUCCAGGUGAGGGCGGAGAUAGACUGCCGAGCACAACAGAGAACAGCCGGAAGGAGGUGGACCCGCUGAAGGAAAACUCCGCCGCGUUUGAGGAAGAAGAGAAGACACAGAAGCAACUUGACACAGAAAAGGAAGCCGACCAAGCCGAGGUGUCUCCUGCAAAUCCAGAAGCAAGUCCCAGCAUGACGCCUCCCGCUGCUGAACCAAGUACCGCUGAGACUGGGGGAACGCCCGAAACUGCCGAGACGCACGAAAAAAUGGUAAACGGCCGUGCGCCUUCCUCGAGCGGUGACUCGGACACCCCAGUACCAGAGCCCGCAGAAGAGUCUGAGAAGGCGUACGAGCCGGGAGUGGUUUCUGUAAAUGCGUAUCCCUCAAGCGUCUCUGGAGCGGCCUCAGACGGUGACCUGAACAGGGACCAGCACGGCACCGUCGUUUCUUCCUCAGAGCUCCCACAGUCGUCCACAAGUUUCGAGGAUGCCGAUUUGGACGGAGAAGUGCCAACGAGUAGACAUGCGGGUGAGGGGAUUGCAGCCGUUCCGUCUUUCACUGACGGCCACAGCCACACUCCGCAUUCGUCAGAUACGGCCAGUGGGCUGCUGGAACCCAUUCCGCUGUCCCACCAGGACAUGGAGGUGGUGAAUGAGGUUCGCGAGUCGCACCAGCUGGCCCACAUCGUCGAUGACGCUGAGCGUGGCAUCCUUGCGGACCAUCAGCUGCAAAAUGGGUCCACCGCCUUGCUCGGUGUCCUUCCAGAAGCGGGCGCCUCUCACGAGCCCGUUCAUCAUGGUGAGCACUCGUUUGCUCUUGAGGGAUCGGUCUUCGCAGAGCGUCCGGAGACCCAUGGCGUGCCUCACACAGGCCCGCUCGAGUACUCCCACGGCAUGAUCCCAACGAGUACGGCUCAUGAGGUGCCUGUUGGAGUUAUCGUGCAUGGUGGAGUGACAUCGGCACCAGGGCCCGCGCAGACGCAUCUGCUGCCUCCUAUGGCCGCAGCGAUGCAUGCGAUCCAAUCGCCCUUCCUAUCGCACGAGACGAACACGGCAUACAGCGCACCCAUGCAUGCCAAGUCCGCGGCGGGAAAAUAUGUUACGGUCCCAGCGGCUCCCACGACCCUAGUGAAGAGUGACGAGGUAGUGGCGUCAAGCCGAGGAGGGAAGAAAAAGGGAGGCAAAAACAAGAAAAAUUCUUCUGCCGUUGUGUACGAAGCCAGUCCCGGUCCGUUGAUUCCUGAACAAAAGACAACCAUGUAUGUUGCAGAACCGACCUACCUAGAGGUGCAAGAAAAGCCCAAGAAACGGAGUAGAAGGGUACCUAUGUAA